AGAUUCUUAGCUUCGUUCAAGCAGAAGCAAUUUGUCCAAAUGUUGUAGCGACAACCCCAUUGGGCAUCAUAGCGGGUGGCGCUGCAAGAACCUCAUGCGCGUUAACUUUUCUCGAUCACGAACACGUUAGACGAGCAACACAUGCUCUGAACGUGAGAGCGCCAAUCAUCUACUAAAGCCCGAAACCACAACUGUUGCUAUUGUCAUGCAAAUCAUCGAGCAGGUCCCUGUCAAUAGCCAGAUCUUACGCAGGCGCGGCGCGUAGCCCAUAUGAGGAAAACACCCCGCGUCCCCUGGCUUCCAACGUCAAUCGAAAGAACAGCGGCGCCUCAAACGCGUGGGUUUGUUGUAUUGGUUUUGAGGAGCCUGUCCGAAUUCCUUCUCGCGAUUUGACGAGAACCAACCCCCCAACACUCUACAGGAAUGGCAGGCAGGAGAUUGUCUGAUGAAGUCCGCCGCCCCCCAAGAUUCCAUGGGGGUCGAGGUAUCUCAGCAUUUGAAUUUUCUUAUUAUGAAGACGAACGCGGUGACAUCUUUCAGCGUAUGUCAGAUCUCCCCUCGAUAAGACUCUCGGAACAUGUGUAUACGCCGCUGUCGCUCAGGAUACUUUCCGACUCUCUGUACAAAUUUCUGCAAGCCAUGCUUAAAGACCCAAAGGGGAUCGAUAUCUUUUCUAACAGGCUGUCUGGCAUGAGUGGGUGGCGUGGUCACCGCAAAGUCGGGCUCCCCCCCAGGGACCUGCACUUAUGGAAAGAAAAACUAAAUAACAAUGACCCUAAGCUGACUAGGGAUGCUUACCAUGCUAUAUGCUUCCCGCUUCCACUUAUACCGCCGAGACCAUUGCAUCAAUCAUUCCUUCCUAACAAGGAAAUCAAGGAACUUGGGAAAUUCUUUGGCGACCUUGGCGUGUGUCUCGAAUUCUUCGAGCUUUGUUGUAUUGACCCUCCGCUAUUCUUUCAAACUUCUCGUUUACCCGAAUUUCACCGCGGCCACUACUUUAUAACGGAUAAUCAUCCAUCUGAUGAAUUCUCCUUUUGCUACAGCUUCAUACGGCAUAGACCCAAAGGAGAUCUACGCUACAAGCCACAGGAGCCUCGUCAAUGGUGGAGUCGUCAGGUCACAGUUCAUCAACAGAUUGAUGUAAAACGUAAUCUAGCCUGUUGGGUCAUUUCCAGUCAAGAUCCCAACAGUGAAAUUCUGGGGUUAUUCGAAAUGGCUCUGGAACGCGGCAAUAGAUUGAAUGAUAAGCGUGGAAUCUUCUCUGCGAACAUUGAGUUCUUCGAUUUACUCUUGCAAGACUGGUGUUGGUACUCGUCUUGGAUAGAGUCACGUUUGAAGGACGGCAUGGAACAAAUCUCGGACUCUGAUACACUUUCUGAAUUGGUCCUGGACAUUCAAUGGUCGCUUGCUAUCCUAAAGGCCAACAAGGAAGUCGUUAUGAACACGUACGCUCUCCUUACCGAAAUCUUCUCAGCCCAGCUGAAGGAAGCUCAUGAUCCGUUUGGUAAACGUGUGGAUGGUCGAAACCCCGAGGACUCUAAGCCGUUCAGUAAAGAAAUCAGAGCGAUAUUCGAUGGCAUUGACCGUAAUUGUGCAAAAUUAGAAGCGUUCGAGACAAGAACUCGGCAAUUGAUGGAGAAUGUUCGACUUCUGCAAAGCGAUGUGAUGGUGCAUCGAACAGGGAAUCAACUCAAGCUGGGACUUCUCUCGCAAAAUCUCAUGAGUAGUACGGUUAUCGCCGUCUUCCUCGUUCUCCCUGGAAUAUUUGCCUCGACACUAUUUAGUACCGACAUUGUUCGGAUAAAUGGUAACGGAGAUGCGGUUUUCUCGUCCGUCGCGCUCGUAAGAUGGCUUGCGGUUGCUCUUCCCCUUACUGCAAUGUCCCUUAUUUUUCUCUAUGUAGUAUUCAAUCUACCUACGGCUCAAUUGUCGCAACGCUUUCGAUCUCGGGUCGGUGCGCUGUUUCUGAGAUUAAAGGGUGGCGAGACAGGAUUGGAGGAGAAGAGGAAAGAAAAGAGGAGAGAAGAGGAGAGAAACGUCUAACUGUAAGGUUGGUAAAGAAAAGAGGGGGAGUGGUUAGAGUACCCUCGAGCGUUUAAAACCGAGAACGUGCUCUCCCCUAAGCUAGAUAGACCCAUCUCUAUCGAUUGUGUAAGAACUACUGCCAUUAUUCUGCGUACAACGCAGUUCCAGAUAAUAUCAACGUAGAAGAG